AUGACCAACCUCCUCCCAAACAAAUUGUUGAGGAGCUUUGCUACAAACCGGGCUUGCAGCUGGAGUUCAUCUUUGGAAUCAGUGGUCCGGACGAGGAACGAGACGAUCGCUGCUCGUUUCACUUGCGUGCUCUCGAGCACUAUCUUUUUGUUUUCCGACCUUUUCAACGCGGUGGUGAUUAAGCUGUGCUCUCUAGACUCGAUGAGACGGUAUCCCAUUUCUUCUUGGACAGUGGAGACCAUCCCGGGUUUUAUCCGCUGGAGUAUGGAAGAUCGACAUGCGACUGAUGGAUACGAUGCUGUGGUGUUGAGUUCACACAAGUAUGUCGGAGGGCCCAGAACGCCGGGCCUGCUUUGCAUAAACAAAAAGCUCUACAAGCUCAAGGAUCACGCACCGUCGAGAACAGGUGGAGGAGUGGUAACAACAAAGAGAAGGCGAGCGAUGGCUAGUGUCCUAAAACUCCUGUUAGCUUUGGAUGAUGUGCGUGCUUGGGAUUUUGCAGCAGUUGACAGAUUGAAAGAAACCUUGGGGAAGAAUGUUGGAGUGAUGCUCAUUAUGAACGCCAGCCAUCUCCUUAAACUCUAA